CCCAGCCCUGCUGAGCGACCCCGCCAGUCGGGUCCAUCCUGCAGUAAAUGCACAACCCGGACGGAAGUGCCUCUCCGACAGCAGAUCCAGGCUCGGAGCUCCAGACGCUGGGACAGGCCGCCCGCAGACCACCCCCGCCGCGCGCGGGACACGACGCCCCCCGCAGGACCCGCCCAUCAGCCCGGAAACCCCUGAGCUGCUUCUCCCGGAGGCCGAUGCCCACACGGGAGCCCCCAAAGACUCGCGGCUCCCGGGGGCACCUGCAUACUCACCCGCCUGGGCCUGGGCCCCCGCUGCAGGGACUGGCGUCCCGAGGCCUCAAAACCAGCGCCCCCCGCCCUCCGUGCCAGCCCCAGCCGGGACCCCACAAGGCAAAGACCAAGAAGAUUGUGUUUGAGGAUGAGUUGCUCUCCCAGGCCCUCCUGGGCGCCAAGAAGCCUAUUGGAGCCAUCCCUAAGGGGCAUAAGCCUAGGCCCCACCCACUGCCCGACUAUGAGCUUAAGUACCCACCAGUGAGCAGUGAGAGGGAACGGAGCCGCUAUGUCGCAGUGUUCCAGGACCAGUACGGAGAGUUCUUGGAGCUCCAGCACGAGGUGGGGUGUGCACAGGCAAAGCUCAGGCAGCUGGAGGCCCUGCUGAGCUCCCUGCCCCCACCCCAAAGCCAGAAGGAGGCCCAAGUUGCAGCCCGGGUUUGGAGGGAGUUUGAGACGAAGCGAAUGUUUCAAGGAGAGAAAAUUGAGGCUCGGAGAAUGAAAGGCAGAGAGUUAAGCAGCUUGAAGGCCACAGGGCAGACUGCUGCAAAGACUUCCGGGUCUCGCCCUGCCUAGGAUCCUGGCUUCCUGGACAAGCAGGCUCGCUGCCACUACCUGAAGGGUAAACUGAGGCAUCUCAAGACUCAGAUCCAGAAAUUCGAUGACCAAGGAGACAGCGAGGGCUCCGUGUACUUCUAAGUGCCCCUGCAGAUGGGCAGAGGGAUGCAUGGGGAUGCAGGUCCCUUGCAUUUCUUGGUAUCUCUCAGCUUUUCCUCUUGCAGCUCCCCCUACCAGGGGUCGCUUUCUCCUGGAUUGCAAAUGCCUCUUCAGUUUGGACUCAGCUCUGACCUGAAGGCCUUCCAGGACUUCCUUCUCUGGGUCCUCUAGCUCUGACCCUAUAGGGACUCCAGAUCUCAACCUGUUCCCUGGAAGUAGGGCCUGCUCUCCAUCCCAGUGAAAUAAACAUGUAUUAGACACCUA